AUGGCCACGUAUGAAGAGGCGAAUGCGAUUUGCGAGUUCCUUCGAGCCAGAGUCAACAUUACACCUUUGGUGGGCAUAAUUUGUGGCUCGGGUUUGGGUCAAUUGGCCAACCGUAUCGUGAAGCCGAUUAUCGUUCCUUACAAAGACAUUCCUGGAUUUCCACACACCACUGUGGAGGGGCACAAGGGGAAUUUGGUGUUUGGUACGUUGGGUGGGAAGAAUGUGAUGGUGAUGCAGGGUCGAUUCCAUGCCUACGAGGGUUAUUCUCAGCAGCAGAUAACAUUGCCGGUGAGGGUGAUGCGUCUAAUGGAGUGCGAAUACUUCUUUGCAAUCAGUGCGACAGGCGGACUGCACCCGAAUUACGAUGCUGGAGACAUUAUGAUUUUGAAGGACCACAUCAGUAUUCCUGCAUUAGCUGGAAUUAGUCCUCUGACAGGACUCAAUGACGAGAGGUUUGGCCCUCGGUUCCCCGCCCUGUCGGAUAUAUACUCCAAGGAGUUACGAUCGCUCACCCAGCGCGUGGCCGAGGAAAUGGGAAUCGGAAAGCUGAUGCACGAAGGCGUGUAUGUAUGCUGUUGCGGCCCCACUUAUGACACACCGGCGGAGGCGCGACUGUUGCAAAUGUUGGGCGGCGAUGUAGCAGGCAUGAGCACUACAGCGGAGACCAUUGUGGCCCAUCACGCUGGAAUGCGUGUUCUCGCUCUCUCCCUUGUUGCCAAUCGUGAGAUGUUCGAAAUUGAUCACGAGCAAAAGACAAGUCAUGAGGAAGUACUUCAAAUGGGUCUUCAUCGAGGCGAUACAAUGGCAACGCUGAUUACUCGUGUUCUGGCGGCUCUUUGA